AUGGACAACUCGAUGCCAAUCGUAAAAACUAACGUAACAACACGUUACGUACCAAUGGGACGUCAUAUUAUACUUAACUGUGUGGCUUGGAGUUCAGCUCGCAAUAGUUAUUACAAUGGAAAUAAAAAAAUGAAAUGGAUAUUUCGUGAUAUUCAAGAAUACCGCAGCAUUCCUAUUGAUAAUGAAAAUAGUCGAUUCUCAUUAAAUGAAACAGAUGGCCGUCUUAUUCUUUAUGCAGCACAAAAAGAAAACGAAGGCAUCUAUGAUUGUCAUGUCGGUUUGACCCAAAACAUUGAAUGGAUUUCACGAAUUAAUCUUUAUGUGCAAGACUGUAAUGAAAAAAAUGAUAUGACAUCAUACCAUAAUGUCAUGAAUCCAUGCCUUUACGGUGGUUGCGUUAUUGAUACUUUUCCAAAUGCACCACUUUUAAAAUAUUUGAAAUGUAAUUGUGUAUUACAGUAUACAGGAGAAUUCUGUACUGAACUUGUUGAUGGAGCUAUUGGACGUGAAAUUUUACGUUUCUCACCAUUUAUAGCACAUAUUUGCUCAACAUUAUGCAUAAUUAUUACAUUCUUUUGUUGCAAGAAAACCGAAGUUCGGAAACGAAUUGUUUCAUUGGAAGAUCUUGCACCAAAGCCACCAGACGUAUCCGACGAUCCGAGAAUGCUCUAUCCUUCAGCUAUGUUACCAGUUGUGGAAAAUGCAGAACCGAUUGAGGAAACGGAAUUGAAUGCACAAACAAUUGCAAUUUGUCUUAAACAAUUACAACAUUCUAAAACUCUAUGA